AUGGGAUUUUUGUAUCAGGUGCUUAAGAAUGUCAGCGAGAAACAGCCUUACAGUGUGGGUAAAACAACGUUAAUUAGUGCGACUAAAGAGAUUAGAAAAGAAAUUUGGAAUGGUCAUGAAGCUUUUAAAAGGUGUAUCCAAAAGGUCACCGGUAAAGUGUCGGCAUACAAUAUGAGUGUUAUGAAUUGCAAUGAUAGUUUGAAAAAUCUAAUCGAGAAGUUGAUAGAUUACUCAAAAACCGACGGAUCGUUGAUGAAAGGCGUUAAAAGCAUUGAUGCUGAUAAAGUGACUGGGACGUCUGGGAACGACGCACAGGUGUACCAGACUGAAAAGUUGCUGCUAAAUUGCAUUACAUACAUAAAAAAAUUCAACAGCGAUAUAGAUACAAACAAGCCACAAAACAAAAAAAUUAGAGAGGCACUCAACGAUCUUAAUUACAAGCUGCGUGACAAAAUAGACACUGCUCGUAAUGUUAUAAAAUAUGAGACUGAGCGUUUGACCAAGUUGUCGGCAAAGGAGUCUGACGAUUUGGGAACAAUGAAAGAAUUAAUAUCGACAAAACUUGAAAACGUCAAAAGCUGCGUGAAUGAUAAUAUAGAUAAAGAUGUAAAAUUGUUGGCGGACAGAUUAAAGGAGGCGGUUAAAAUAAUUUUGGUUUUGCUUGAAAAAAUUGAUACGAAUUUGACUAAGUAUGUUGGCGAAUUGGAAGCAUGUAUCAAUAGUGCGGACAGUAUGAUUAACAGUGCAAUGGAAGGGAUGCAGAAGAUGGAAAGAAAAGAGAUUGGCAGAUCGGCAACUAACGAAAUUUACACGUCGACUGACGUAUUAACGGCGUGGAAAGAUAGGCUUGACGCUUAUUGGAGAGACCUUUUAGCCUUGACUGGUCAGGUUGAUCAGACUAUUACGGAGCUCGGAGAACAAUUUGAAAAUCAGAAAGACAUUAAUAACAUUUUCGAUAAGAUAAAAAAUGAGAUGGUGAGUAUAAAAGGACAGGGAAGCACGAGAGCUACGAAAGGCCUGCAGGGUGUUUUGAAUGUAUUAAACACAUACAGUUAUCAGUAUGGCGCUGGAUUUGAAAAGACGGUGGAAGGGUGGCUAAACGACAUCGUGGGUGAGGAAAAGGGUAGAAAAGGAUGGUUACAAACUUAUGUGAAUGGGUAUAUCGCCAAUUACUUAGGCGGUGAAAACACUGGGAAGUUUACCGACAAAGGCAGUCAGGAAAAUAUAAACAAGGUUAUUAAAGAUAAGAUUAUGGAUCAACUCAAGACCUCCGGCGCCAAUAUUAUCGAUAUCACCGGUAAAAAGGUUCAACAAGAAAUUAAUGAUAAUGUCGAAAAUAAACCCAAAUCAACUGAUAACGUUGAAAAAUAUGUCGAAGCCAUCAAACUCGGUUGUAACAAUUUCGCAGAACAACUAGAGAGUAAGAUACAUGAAAAUGUGGGAUCCAUUGUCGGAGCAGUCAACAGUGCGGUAAACAAUGGCGUCGCCAUUACUAAAACUACUAAUCUUUCUGAGGCCAUCUAUGCCACCCUCUCAUUUCUCUCAUGUAAAUCUAGGCAGGUUGCUAACGAACUUCAUUCAUUUGCACUGGGGAACAGUAUUCGUGGCCGCCAAAGCAUCGCCCAAACCUUAGACACAGCGCUGUCAGAUGCUAAAAAGCUACAUCGUCAACUUGAAACAGCUACCGGGAAAUCUAACACAACUGAGAACUUUGCUGGUAAACUCGAUGAAACAAUCGAAGCUGUUAGAAACAGAGUUGAGGAUAUAACGGUUCAUGAGAUUAAAGCGGGCAUCAGUAGUAUGUCUUCCAAAAUAAAAAAAAGUCUCGAUGCAAUCACCGAGGAGUUCGCCCGUUCUGCUGCAGAUGUUAACAAAUUAUUGCAGACUCUUAAAAGUAAAACGAUCGGUAAGUCGACUGAUAUGAAAGUGGUUAAAGGCAGUCUACAAGAAAUCAAGGACAAUCUUCACAACCUCCGCACUGGUGACUUGGGACGUGCCAUUAAGAAAGCCAAGGAGUUCGUUAACGGAGCCGAUGAUGUACGCAAUAAAACAAUAGACGGACUUAAGGCACACGUUGGCACGAACGUGACAGAAGCCAAGGAACAUCUCACCAAAAAGGCCCGUAUAGAUUACGUUUCGUCCAUUAAAAUGCUGCUCACACAAUUUGCGGAAAAGAUUCACAGCGAACUAGAUACGCUGCCAACCCAUAUCGAUGAAGACCUGCAAAAAGGCUAUAAAGGUUUUAUGGGAAAAUUGCAUGAAACAUUGACUACCAACAUCGUUCCUAAGAAAGAUGACUUAAAACUCGACACUCUGUCUGAGGCUUUCCAGAAUUUCUGCUCACCACUCCACGCCUACCUCAAAGAUGAGAUCGGCAGAGAGAACGACGCCAACCAUGCCAAGAAACACCCUUCGUCUCAGAGGCCAACAAACAACUACGCCGACGCCGUUACUUGCGUACAAAAUGAACUCGAGAAAUUAAUCCACCAAAUCAGAGCCGGCAACAGGUACGAUCAUCAUGUGCCCAGACUGCUGAACGGACUGACCGAUGCGAUCGAUGGCCUCCACCCUGAGUCAUUUUCUGAGCCGAACACUCCGCUGCUGGAAACCAUUGCCCACGGCCUCCGGGGUCUGGUGGGUGAACUUGGAAAGGCGUACAUUAAUAGAUAUGAUGGAGGCUCGGAGGGUAUGAUAUUAGUCGAUGCAAGAACUACGAAAGUUACGGAUGAUGGCAACAAGUGCGCUAAAGUGUGCCUGUCGCUGCUCUCCAUCCUGUAUUCCGAGUUCAAGACUAUACUUAAGUACUGCGUUGCAAGGUGUAAAAGCGAUCAAAUAAACAUAAACACAGAGCUCGGAAAAUAUUUCGCCACUCAAGGCUACAAGGUUACCGAGGACGGGAAGAAGCACUGGGAGCUGCAGGACAGUAAAGGCAUGACAGGACUAUUCAUCUGCAAACGUAUGUUCGGAAGUGAUGAACACCACUUGUAUUACAUUGAUAAAUCCAAGCAAAACGCACUGGAUACACUGCACGACUGUCUCCAGAUAUAUUACCAAGUCUGCCACGUCGCCACCUUCUCUGCGAAGAAACGUCCAUGUAACAUCUUCGAGAUGCUUUGCUGGAUGUCCGGGCUACCGUGCAAUAACGUGUUUGACGAAAUGUUACAUGAGACUGUCAGUGAACUGUUCGUCGAUCCCACUAAACAGCCCGAAGACGCCGAUGGCAUCCCCGUCACAUAUAUCAGCGACAAACCCCUGGCAGCGUAUCCACAAAACAUAGCGAUGGAUGAUACUCAGCGAGCAGUGAAACGCCUAUGUUCAAGAUCUCAUGAUAUUCUCACAACAAUAGCUGGAACCGGGGAUGCGUACUCCAUGUACGCCGUCGACUACUCCACCAAUUCGCUGAACUUUCACUACCCAUCCAAGGGCGAAGAUUGCCUCCAGAUGCUAUUGGACAUUCUUCGCAGACUACUACCCUCACUUAAAUUUUUGAAUACUCAAUGCGGCCUAAGCGCUGCAUACCACGGCUGGUCCGGCUGUCAGUACGGCAGAGGAGUCAAACACUCCAAUUGGCAAUGCGGUGAACAUCCCGCCGACGAGUCAACCGAUUGCCUACCUAGAUCACCGUUGAUGUCGUAUCUUCGCGACUGCCUACCCGGGUGCCUGCCUCACCAGUUGGUUUCAGCGGGGUGUAAGUCCGAGUGUAAAACGUGUCCCAAAAGUCUACCCGGUGCGCCAUGUAUAACACCACUUGGGUUCAGAGGUUUCUCCGGAAGCACUAAGACAGGUAAGGACAUCUCUAACGUGCUGACCAAAUUCUUCGACAAUUCUAAUAUUAACACGCUGUUCGGUCUGCUGCCCAAGCCGCCGUCUACAUUGCCCGAACACUUCCAAUUUGCGUUGACGUUAAGUAGUAUGUUAGAUUAUGCUAACGGCGCUGGUGAUGUCAGCUUAGCUUUUGUAACAAAAACGAAAGCGCUGUCCAUCGAGCUAUACAAGGAGACAAGCAAACUCACAGGUGCGCUGCAGAAUGCAUAUCGCAACCAAACGGGUCACAACAGCUCGGGCCAUUCCAAAUCUACGGAAGCUGACUUGUGGAGCCUGUCAAGAGAAUCAUGCAAUCUACCUCAUGACAGGGAUAUUCACUGCGCUCCCUACCUCUGCUCCACAGCUUCCGAUGCGUACAAGUACCUCGCCAAAAAGCACGCCGAUCUCUACCUGUCAUGGGCUGUAUAUCUGCCGUGGACAUUCUACAGUUACCUUAAAUCGUUGCUCGAUGCGUUCCAGCAGAUUGAUUGUGGAGGCUCCGGUUGUACGAAAUGUUCGUGCAAGCCGGGUAAGCAUGGUGUCGAAUACAGCUGCAAGUGCAAAGCAUUGAUAAGCUGUCGUGGAGUGAUGACUACGUUCUACCAAUACGGGUUCACUUUUGGCAACGCAAAAACGCUGUAUGGAACUAACAGAAAAUUCUGCCUCAGUUUCCAUACACAACUGAGUAAUCUGCUGAAAUCGCAACACUUCGCCAAAUUAUUUGAGGAAUGUGACAACUUCAUUUGGACCAUCAGAGAACCGUUCACCUACCUAGUGCUGGCGCUCUGGCUCCUCUCCCUCUUCUACCUCAUUUGCGUCAUGGUUGGCAGACUGGAUGUGCUCCACAUACGCUCACACCUGAGGAUACCGUCAUCGCACAAGAUAACGGCGCAAUCUCUGUUGGCUGCAGCGCAAGUCGGAAAGCUUGCCAAGAUAUCGUACCUGCAGCCGUGA